CCCCAUAUAUAUUACAAGUGAUAUUUCUAGCUUGUAGGAAAUUAAAUUAACAAUAUGUCUUUUGUUAAUCUCUUACUAUUUCCUCUUCGUUGUUUCAUUCACAAAGAUUUUCAUGAUGUCGUUGACAGAAUGAGUCUUCUCAACAAACUUUUGUUUAUGAUGGUUCACUUGGUUGAUAAAUUGAACCUGUGGCAUCGGCUACCGGUGUUCUUGGGGCUACUUUAUCUCGCAGCACGGCGACAUCUUCAUCAGGAAUAUAAUUUGAUCAACGUCGGUAAAAAACCUACCGACGUUACAUCAAAUCGGGCCGUUGGAAAAUACAACGACCCCUUUAAUGAAGGAGGUGGCAGUGAAUUUCCUUUCUUUGGUAGGAAUAUGAUGCCUGUUGAUCAACAUGAAAAGUUAAAGAAUCCAGAUCCUAUGGUUGUUGCAACAAAGCUGCUAGCACGCAGAAAAUUCAUAGACACAGGAAAACAAUUUAACAUGAUAGCUGCGUCAUGGAUACAAUUUAUGAUUCAUGAUUGGAUCGAUCAUUUGGAAGAUACUCAACAGAUUGAGCUAAGGGCACCUGAAGAAGUUAAAAGUGAGUGUCCUCUCAAGUCCUUUAAGUUUUUCAAGACCCAGCAAACUCCUACGGGUUUAUGUGAUAUCAAGACUGGGCACUUGAAUAUGCGUACUCCACAAUGGGAUGGAAGUGCUAUUUAUGGGAGCAACGCACAAGUUUCGAAGAAAGUGAGGACAUUUAAAUACGGAAAAUUGAAACUAUCAGAAAAUGGUCUCCUUGAACAAGAUGAAAAUGGGAAAAUCAUCUCUGGUGAUGUUCGCAAUACUUGGGCUGGACUUUUGUCACUGCAGGCACUCUUUGUUCAAGAGCAUAAUCUUGUUUGUGACACCUUGAAGAAAGAAUAUCCAGAAUUGAAAGAUGAGGACUUGUAUCGUCAUGCAAAACUUGUCACUUCUGCUGUAAUUGCAAAAAUUCACACCAUAGAUUGGACAGUUGAACUUCUCAAUACCGACACCCUUCUAGCAGGAAUGCGCGCCAAUUGGUAUGGAUUGCUAGGAAAGAAAUUCAAGGAUACAUUUGGGCAUGUUGGAGGUUCCAUUUUAGGUGGUUUUGUGGGAAUGAAGAAACCUGAGGAUCAUGGUGUGCCUUAUUCCUUAACUGAGGAAUUUACGAGUGUCUAUCGGAUGCAUCAACUCCUACCUGAUACGCUUCAGCUAAGAAAUAUCGAUGCCACGCCUGGACUAAACAAAUCUCUUCCUUUGACUAAUGAGAUCCUGAUGGAAGAUCUAAUUGGGGGUAAAGGUACGGAGAAUCUAUCAAGAAUUGGGUUUACUAAGCAAAUGGUUUCAAUGGGGCAUCAAGCUAGUGGAGCUCUUGAACUUUGGAAUUAUCCAGUGUGGAUGAGAGAUCUUAUUGCCCAAGAUGUUGAUGGAACUGACAGGCCACAUCAUAUUGACCUUGCAGCUCUUGAAAUUUAUAGGGACAGAGAAAGGAGUGUUGCUAGGUACAAUGAAUUUCGUAGGAGAAUGCUUCAAAUUCCCAUCUCCAAAUGGGAAGAUUUGACAGAUGAUGAGGAAGUCAUUAAAACUCUUCAUGAAGUUUAUGGUGAUGAUGUAGAAAAAUUGGAUCUGUUAGUUGGAAUGUCCGCGGAGAAAAAGAUUAAGGGAUUUGCUAUCUCUGAGACUGCCUUUUUCAUAUUUCUAAUCAUGGCAUCAAGAAGGUUAGAGGCAGAUAAAUUUUUCACCAGCUAUUACAACGAUGAGACAUAUACGAAAAAAGGACUUGAAUGGGUGAAUACAACUGAAAGCUUAAAAGAUGUACUAGAUCGACAUUAUCCAGAGAUGACUGAGAAAUGGAUGAACUCCAACAGCGCCUUUUCUGUUUGGGACUCGUCUCCAGAACCUCACAAUCCUAUUCCACUCUACUUUCGCGUUCCUCGGACAUAGGC